ACUCUCACUUUUGCAACUGUUUACAACAAUAAUAAGUUAACAACUCGCGUAGCGCAAGGAACAGCAUAAACGACGCUGCGCUGAACAACGACGGUGUCAGACAAACGGUGCCGGUUGGUGGGGCCGCCACGCUAUUACGCCUAAUCGUAUCCAUCACCCUCAUCAAAACCCCUCCUUUCUCUUAAUUUAGAAACCCUAAUUCAGAAGAUAAAAGUUACUUUCUCCAGAAUUAGCGCGCUAAUGGCAUCUUCAGACUCAUGGAUGAAGGAAUAUAAUGAAGCUGUGAAACUUGCUGAUGAUAUCAAUGGCAUGAUUUCUGAACGUAGUUCGUUUCCUGCAUCUGGACCAGAAACCCAGCGACAUGCAUCUGCUAUAAGAAGGAAGAUCACGAUAUUAGGGACCAGACUUGAUAGCUUGCAAUCUCUGUUGUCAAAGGUCCCUGCAAAAACUGAGAAGGAGAUGAAUCGUCGAAAGGACAUGCUUGCAAAUUUGAGGACAAAAGUUAACCAAAUGGCUUCAACAUUGAACAUGUCUAACUUUGCAAAUAGGGAUAGUUUGCUAGGGCCAGAAAUAAAAUCAGAUGCAAUGAGCAGAACUGUUGGCCUGGACAACAGUGGACUAGUUGGUCUUCAACGGCAAAUUAUGAAAGAGCAAGACGAUGGCCUUGAGAAAUUGGAGGAGACUGUAAUCAGUACUAAACAUAUUGCAUUGGCUGUGAAUGAAGAGCUGAAUCUACAUACCAGACUCAUUGAUGACUUGGACCAACAUGUAGAUGUUACAGAUUCUCGGCUGAGGAGAGUGCAGAAGAACUUGGCAGUGUUAAACAAACGUACCAAGGGUGGUUGCUCCUGCUUGUGCAUGCUUUUAUCAGUGAUUGGUAUAGUGGGUUUGGUGGUUGUCAUAUGGCUGUUGGUCAAAUAUUUGUAAAGAUAAAAAUACCCAACUCGUGAAGUUUCUCUUUUUUUCAUGUUUCUGAAUGUGCAUUGAAACAUGAUAACGUGUUUCUUUGUUUUUUCUUGGUGCUUUGGCAGUGGCAUGGAAUUUAUUAAGGUAUUGAAAGGCUUUUUUAUGUAAUUGUCAGAUUUCAAAUGUUGAUACCCUUGAGUGUUGUUCUCUUUGUAAAAAUCAGUAAAAUUGAGGUGACUUCCAUUUAUGUA